UCACUCUAAAACACUUUUCGGCAAAACAAAACACAUUUUUACAGAAAACACGCUAUAAUUCGAAUAAUAUUGAUUAGAAAUGUCGGAAACUAGCUCCAAGGAUAAUGUCAAAACGGCAAUGACCUAUAUUUGUGGAGAAUGCCAUCAUGAAAACGAAAUGCGCCCCAGGGAUCCGAUUCGUUGUCGCGAGUGUGGAUAUCGUAUCAUGUACAAAAAGCGCACCAAGCGUCUUGUUGUCUUUGAUGCCCGUUAAAACCCCCUAAAAACCUAUAGACAACCGUCUAAACAAUAUAUUUAAGCAGUUAGAUUGUAAAAAAUAAAGCUCUUGCUUUAAUAAAUGUCAUAACCCCAAG